CACACACUGUCUGCGUGUGAAGUUUGGACACAGCGAGAGAAACUGGAUUUAACAGCAGCAGCAACCUGAGGUGACGUCAUCCCCAUCACUUUAUAACGAGUUUCAGAGGACAGGAGCUUCACUGAGAGAGGAGCAGCAGCAGCUCGUCAUCAUGAGCCGUCAAAUGGUGCUGAUGGUGUGUCUCGCGCUCGUGCUGGUGGCGUGUUCCCGCGGCGGGGAGGCGCGUGUCAGACUCAACUCCAUCAGAACGGUGAUCCUGAGGGAGGGGCACGUGCUGCCGGUGAACAGGAGCGCGUGGGAGCCGAGUUUGGACCUGACGCUCUAUCAGUGCAUGAGCGACCUGGAGUGCAGCGAGGGGAGCUACUGCCACGCCCCCACCAAAGGCCCCGCCCACUCCCGCUGUCAGACCUGCCGCAGGAGGAAGAGGCGUUGCCAUAGGGACGGGAUGUGUUGCCCGGGCAACCGCUGCAGCAACAAUCUCUGUGUCCCUGACGAGGACAGCUUUGUGUCUCAGAGGAUCCCAGACUCAGAUGGAGGGAUGAGUCCGCUGUCUAAAAAGAAAGGAUGGAGGAAGAGAGGCAAGAUGGACGUCAGAGGGUCCUCCGGUAAAGGUCAGGUCGGGGAUCCCUGUCUUCGCUCCUCAGACUGUUCGGACGCUUUGUGCUGCGCCCGUCACUUCUGGACUCGCAUCUGCAAGCCCGUGUUGCGGGAGGGACAGGUUUGCACGCGACACCGCCGUAAGGGCAACCACGGCCUGGAGCUGUUCCAGCGCUGCCCCUGCGGAGGAGGACUUAGCUGCAGAACGCUACGAGAGCCCGGCGCCCAGACUUCCUCACCGCCAUCAUCGUCUUCCUCAUCUCUGCUGGCGGCGGCGUCAAAGUCAAAGUUCGCGGCGUCCUCGUCUCGCCACUCCUCCCCUCAGACGUCACUGCUGUCUUCGUCAGCAGCGAAGUCGUCGCCGUCGGUGGCAAAGACGAGACUCCACGUGUGUCAGAAAAACUGAAGGAUGGACGGAUUUAAAAGAACGAAGGGUGGAGAGGAAGAAGAGGCUUGACAGAGGAAAGGAAGGAACGACCUCCUUCUCUUUGCCAAUGACCGACUCCAGAGGGAACGAGAGGCAGAACAGAGAAGAGAGUGAGACAGCGACGACCGGAGGGAGGGGUGAAUAACCAUACCUGUUUACACCUGUGAAACCCCCCCUCCUCCCCCACACGGUCCCAGUAUCUCAAUGCUAAUGAACUUCCUGUCAGGCUGCAUUCACACACAAACUCAGCGGGAUGUGAAACUCUUUGUGGUUCAGGUCUGGUUUCCUCCUGGCUGUCUAGACGAGCAGAAACCACUUUGAAAUCCGGUUUGACCCCAUUUACACCGACAGGAAACACAUUAAUACUGAGAGCCUGAUACAUAUCUGCUGCAACGGCUGCGGGGACCCACAGAUAUCUGUUCCACUAGAAACUGUCUAAAAUAGAUCUUAACUCUCAAACAAGGAAAUAUGGUGCUAACUGGGACAAUAGGGCCAGCUGGUAUCACUAACAGAGCACUCAAGGAAUGAGUCUUCAGACCCAGAAAUGAGUGAGCAUGUUAGCAUGUUAGCACUUCCUGUUCCCUCGUCUCAAAGUCAGCAGGUUUUGGUGCGUUGUCUGAAAUAAGUCUGUGGUUAACACAAGCUGAAGAGACUUUCUGGUUUUGCUCUACGACAUAAAAUACGUCGGUAAAUAUCCCGCUGUGAAUUUAGAAGCUUCUAUGAGUCUUAAGAGAGACAAAAAAUCCCACUGGCUUUCUGACGACAGAAUCAGGGGGCGCUAACUUCCACAUGGGCCUACAGAAAAACAUCAUCCCUGGAUCACUCUAUUUCAGUUUCAUAGUUUUGGUUAUUAAACUACAUUCUGACCAAAACUCCUAAAUUGCACAAAAUACGUAGAUUUAUUUCGACCCAGUUACGAAGAUUUUAGCUGCCAUAAAAGAAGACAGUUCAGCAAAACUAGCUAAACACCAUCACACAAUACAAACAUGUUUUCAGUUCUAAUUAAUUUUAUUAUUUACAUACUAUUUUGAUGCCACUCUGAAAAAGCUAAUGUCAGACUAACUUAACAGCAAAUCUUUCAUUAGCUAAAACAAAGUCUUUGUUAAACUUAGCUAGCUAAGUUUACGUUAGCCUAGCUAAGCUAAUGUCAGACUUAGCAUUGGCGGCUAACUUAACAGCAAACCUUUCAUUAGCUAAAAGAAAGUCUUUGUUAAGCUUAGCUAGCUAAGCCUACCGAAGCUAAUGUCAGACAAACAGUGUGUCACAGAUUAUAUACUUCAGUACUAAACGUUUAAUAUUUUGAGUUUUAAAAUAAGCAGAAGAGGCAGUUACAACACGACACUGUUGACAUUAGUACACCGUGUAAAAAGAACGUAGUGUGCAUAGUGUACUAUGCUGAAGUUUGCUAACGGAAGUAUGAGAUUUGAGGCACACUCAAAGUCUUGCGUUAGCUUAACACCGGAAUUUAUCUUGAUUUAACAAAACUGAACUUUACUUUAAAUUCUCUGUCUGGUUUUGUGACCAGGAAAGACAAAACAUACGUAAAAACAUCUCUGACCGGUGCAUUAACUGGUUUUAGCCUCCACGGGGCUUAUCUUAGAUUAGCCAAAGUCACGUUAGCUAAACUGUGAGGUUUUUACUUCAAGGACCCAUUUAGAUGAAAUGAAGAGCUUUGUAGCUGGGCUGGGCAUUAAAUCCAUAUCAUGAUAUUUACAUUUUGGACGUGGUAAUAUUUUAAGUAUUGUUUCUUUCUGGUUUUAAAGGCUGCAUUACUUUACAGUGAUGUAACUUACCAGACUGUUUCUAUCAUCGUCUGCCUUUACUCACUCAGUCAUUAUAUCCACCGUACUGAUGAUUAUUUAUCAAAAAUCUCAUCAUCUAAGCAUUUUGUGAACGCACCGAUCAUCAGCCCAACAGCAUCGCCUCAAUCAUUUGGUCAAAAAUAACAUUUGAUUUUCUCUGUAUCGCCCAGGCCUACUCUGUAGACUUAUAACGUUCCCCCGAAACACAACUGAACCACAAAUGUAACGUUACCUUCUCUGCUUCUGUCAAGCUAACGCCUGUUUGGAAAAGAGAAAACUAGACGUCAGUAGAAACUCAUUCACAUCCCUAAACUCAGAUGUUAAAACUGUCCCUGCCCAAACUUUAUGGCCCGAGGUUCGUCCUGACGUCCUGUUCGAUUGCACUGUUGUUGUUGUUGUUGUUGUUGUGAUAAGAGUUAUUUUUCUAUAAGUUGUUCCUGUAUAUUUUGGAUGGACGUUGGAGUAACUGUUUAUAACUGGAUUGUAUUUCCACCACUUUAAGUAAGAAUCUGAGGCAAUCUGUUGAUCCAUCACUAACCUGUGUUUUAUGAAUAAACUGAUUUGUCAUCUUCAA